AUCUGAGAGCUUCUUGUGUGUAUGUCGCUCUUUUGAAUUGCUAUACUGAUGCAAAAUCAUUGAGAAAAGCAGAAGGUACAAUGCAAAAGAUGAGGUAUCUGGGGAAUGCUAAUGUAGAGGCAUACAAUAUUAUGAUGAACCUUUAUGUUAAAAUGGGAGACCUUCAGAAACUACACUCAUUGGUGCUAGAGAUGGAAGAUAAAAGAAUUGCUGGUAAUGCAUUCUCCUAUACUAUCCGCUUAAAUGCAUAUGCAUCUGUUCCAGAUAUUAAGGAGAUGGAGAAGCUUUUGAUGAAGAUGGAAGUAGAUCCUCUGCUGAUUGAAUGGAAUGCUUAUGCAGUCGCUGCCAAGGGUUACAUUAAAGCUGGUGAUGUAGAAAAGGCUUCAAAGAUUUAUGAAUGGAUUGACAACUCCGAGCGUCCUUAUCUAUAACCUGGAGAUGUUGCAGUCCGACUGUAUUUGGUAUCAAAAGCUCAUGGAUUGGAAGCAGCAGAGAAGUAUUUCUUUAGCAUCCCAGAAAAUCUGAGAGCUUCUUG